CUUCUGACAGGUCGCAAUAAGCGCGCACACGCUGAACCGCGGAAGAUCAAGGACCGAUCAUGUGCACCACUAAAUCAACAUACCUUCUGUGACCGCUGCUUGGCGCUCAAAACGCGCUCGCGCUACCGCCAGCGCAGCUGCACCGUGGCUUUUCCGCAAGGAUGUUACUGCUCGCGCCCGCCGCUGCGAAGGACGGCGUGCGACAUGCGCAGGUGUCCGGCACCGUCGUCCAGCUCGAGCCCGCGGGGCGGUGUUCCGUCGCCGUGCCCUUGCGACUCGUCCUCCCCGCGGCUGCUGUCCAAGUUCCGUCAGCGUCGCCACAAGGCCAACGCGCGCGAGCGCCAGCGCAUGCACGGCCUCAACGCGGCGCUGGACACGCUGAGGCGCCGCGUGCCCAUCAACCACCAGGAGUCGGGCAGCGCGGUGCCCCGCCUCUCCAAGAUCGAGACCCUGCGGCUGGCCAAGAACUACAUAGGCGCUCUGGCCGAGACGCUGCGACAGGGCAGUCCCAUGGAGGCCAUCGUGUUUGCCCGCCACCUGGCCAAGGGACUCUCGCAGGCCACGGUCAACCUGAUUGCCGGCCAGCUGCGGCUAAGUCCGCGCGCCAUCUCUGUCCCGGACAGCGGCGGCUGCGCCACGCCGUCUCCGGCGCCACACUGGGUCGGCGCAAUAGGGACGACGCCCCCGCAGCCGUCGUCGCCUGCCGUCGCGGACGCCUACGAGAGGCCAUCCCGGACGCCGGACGCCACAGCCGCGCUGGUUCAACGGCCACGGCCCUUGGCGCCGUCGACGUAUCCGGGGGCGGCUCCCUAGGUCGCUUCUCGACAGCGGCGUCGCGCUACACUGAGGCUGACUCGAUCAUUUCACUCUCCAACGCGUUUAAGCUCAUGCACUAAUGAACUGAGCAGAGAGAUGGAGCGAGACGACCUUUUGCUGUAUCAUUUCGUUUCUC